AUGCUAUCUUCUGACGAUGAUUACGAAUGCGAGUCCUUGGAGACUCUAAGAAUGGAACUGGAGGAACUGAAAGAGAGAGGCAACCAACUGCGCCUAGAAUAUCGAAGGGAGCUACAGAGUUUGCGAUCGGACUACGAACCUAUUUCGCAGAAUCUUCAUGCAAAACACGAAAAUCGUGCGGAUCAUUCCAUCUACCACCAAAUUAUGGAGCCUUCGUCACGCAAUAUUGAUGCUAGUGAUCAAAGUGAAGAGAAGAAGGACGGAGGGUUCCAAGAUGUUAGCCAGCAAAUGGAGGAACAAGAGCCACAAUUUACUCCUUUUGUUCGAAAGAUACAAUCACAACUAUGCUGUGCACUUCACCAACAAGAAGUCAAUCAAAGGCAGAUCAAGUUUUCACAACGAAGCAAUAAGCGCCUUAUUGUAUUCCUUUCGACUGAGAUCGAAGCUCAGAAAGCAAUCAGCAAGAAACGAUCGGAUGAUUUUGAAGCAGAAUUGAAGGAGACUGAAAGUGCAAAUCAAGUCAUGAUGGAUAUGCUCGAGAAGGAUGCCGUGGAUCAAGAAGAAGUGAUUACUUCCUUACGGCUCCAAUUGGGAAUGGAUCCUACUCCAAACUCGCAGCGAAAGAACUUUAGACAACGGAAUAGAAGACGAAUUCAACGACUUUCUGGUGGCUUGCGAAACCUUGGAAAGAGAGUGAGACAAACUCCAAGGAAUAUCAGGGAUUCCAAGGUAUGGAAGGACUUGAUGGCUGCUGAAAUCAACGAAGAAGGAGACGAGUUGGAUGCUUCCGAGCGCCGCGGCGUUAUUCGCCGCUUGCGAAGAUCUCGAAACAUGGACGAAGGAAACGAUGAGUUGCCCAAAUCUGUUCAACAAGAAAAACAACAAGAGCCAAAGAGUCGCUUCCAUCGCUCGAAAGUUGAGAAGCUAUCUCUGGACGAUAUUGAAGACAAUGGUCGUCUUGGCCUUGUGGGUCGUAUCAGACGAUCUCGGCAAAUGCGGCAGGGAAGCCACGCUGAUGUGCAAGAGCAUCUGGACAACAGCAGUCUCCUCAACGACAAGCCACAGCGUCAGCCGCUUCAGGGUGUACGAAGGCGUGCUUCUGAAUUUCGAGGUUUGUUCCGAGGUCAGAACAAUGGUAAAUCGAUUGAUUCGGAUGGCUCGAAUGCCUCCACAGAGCCGCCAACACCACCUAACAACGAGAAGUCAUUGUAUGCAAUGGACGAUGACAUGUUCGCUCAAGAAAUUUACGCCCUAUCCAUAUAA